GAACGUGUCCGAGAAAAGAGAAGGAAAAAACUUCGGUUAAAAAAUGGCGGAGGGGGCAACGACUCUGAAAGGCUUGCGCGCACAAAUGGCUGCAGCCGCCCAGGCGCAGGCUGAGGAACGGCGCGGCCUGGCCGGGAACAGCCCAGCAUCGGCAACUACAGCUGCUUCUGCGAAGAGCCAUUCUAAACCAGUCAUUGAUGGAGCAGCGCUUAGGAUAGAUGACAAACUUCGAGUAGCCAAAGAGAGGAGAGAAGAGCAAGAUAAGCAGCAAGCGGUGCGCGAGUCUCAGAUCCUGGAGCGGGAGCGCAAGGCCAAGUUGCAGGUAGAAAGGCAGAUGGAGGAGAGACAGAGAAAACUGGAGGAGCAGCGCAGGAAAGAGGAGCAAAGGAGAGCCGCUGUUGAAGAGAAGAGGAAACAGAAGCAAGAGGAAGAGAAGGAGCACUAUGAGGCAGUGAUGCGGCGCACUAUGGAGCGCAGUCAGAGACUGGAGCAGAGACAGAAGAGGUGGUCUUGGGGAGGCCUCACUGACUCAGACCAGAAAAAUGGCGAAAGUGACAGCGGCCCUGCCUCUUCUCCAAUCACUGUAGUAAUCUCUCCUGCCUCACCAGUCUCCAAGCCACCCAGGAGCCAGGUGCCACAAGACAAGCGUUCCACUUCCACCACAAACCUGAAGCAGCAGGCCGAUUCGGCCAUCAGCAAGCGCCUCUCUUCCUCCUCUGCCACCCUCCUGAACUCUCCAGACAAAAGUGCUAAGCGGAGGAGUUCUUCUUUGAACCGGUUGCCUAGCAAUGCCUCUCAGGCCUCUAAGGAAGUGCAUAAGCAGACUCAGGUGGAACAGACAGGCCCCACCCUGACGAAACGGAGCUCUUCCCUCUCCCGAGUAGGGUGUAGGGUCCCACCUAAUGCCAAACCAGAGAAAACCUCACCCAGUGAUCCAGCACGUCGCUCCUUGACCAGUCCCGUGGACAGCGGUGUCCUCAGCCGUCUCCUCACCCCCACCCAGGCCUCUCUAGCUAGGAGCAAGAGCGCAGCAGCCCUCUCAGCCGAAGGAGCAGAUGUCCCAGAGUCUCACCUGUGUCCUCGCUCAGUGUCGGCCAGCCCGCUGCAGCCCAUACCCCGCGGACCCUUGCGCAGCCGCAGCACCGACCGCCAGAAAGGCCCCCCGAACUCCGCUUCAGCCGAUGCCAUCUCAAGCAUGACUCAGAAAGCUGAGAAGGACAAGCAUUUCGCUUCACCAGGAGGGAAACGUCCUUCUUCACCUUCAACCAUCCCCAGUCGCAAUCGCUCCCCAUCCCCAGGCCUGUCUGCCACCAGCACCGCCAAGAGAACACCCUCCCCUGGAGCAGCAAAGUCAAGUCCUCGCAAUCGGCCUCCUUCCCCCAGCGGGAUGAAACAACGUCCUCCGUCACCUCAGCCCGCAGCUGCCUCUAAACCUCCACCCAUACAGAAGCCUGCACUCACACCCACCGGCCCUCCUGUUCUCCGCAAGAGGGAGUCCAAACCAAAAGACAUGUCCCCUAUGAUGCCUCUUACACCCCAACCUCAAGAGACCAGCACUGCCAGCCCUCCCCCCAGCACCAAGCCCAAAGACGAUCCCAGUUUGAAAGCUGUGGCAGGCCAAAACUCAGCUGCUGAGGCUGCUAAAAUCUUGGCAGAGAACCGGCGUCUGGCCCGCGAACAGAAAGAGAGAGAGGAACAGCUCCGGGUACAGCGAGAGGAAGAGGAGAGGCUGAAAAAGGAGGAGCAGGAGCGUCUAGCUGAGGAGGAGAGAGUGAGGCGUUUGGAGGAAGAGAAGCUUCUGGCAGAGGAGAAAAAGAGGGAAGAGGAGGAGCAGGCUCUUAAAGCAGAGGAGGAAAGGCAGAGACUGGAGCUGGAGGAGCAGCAGAAACAAGCUGAGCUACAGAAAGAGCGUGAGAAGGCAGAAGCAAAGGCGCAAGAGGAGGCUGAGAAACAGCGUCAAGAGAGAGAGCGCAUCAUGCAACAGAACCAGCAGGAGCGCAUGGAGAGGAAGAAGAGAAUUGAAGAAAUUAUGAAGAGAACCAGAAAAACUGACCAAAUAAAUUUCAAGAACCAUGAUGAGAAAAGCAUGCCUGAUGAGAAUGAUGAAGAGGUUCCUGACCAGAUAGACUGUGAAAAUAAGGGGGAACAGUUUGUCCAGUUGGAGCAAAGUUUUGAGGUAGAAGACCAAAUAGAUAUCCAGGAGCAAGGUUUGUCCUCACAGGAAAGCCCUGUGGAGCAGGAAGACCCGCUUGACAGUGUGAAUGGACAGAAUGAAGCAGACAACAAGGAGAAUAAUAAUGGCCCAAGUGCAGCCGAGCCCCCUGCUAUUAGUAAUUCCUGUCCAAAGACACGACUAGUGGAGGGCUCAGAGUUUGUGAAUGAGGACUCUAAGUUGGGACUGAAUGGGAAAGCUGGGCCAUGGAGCUUUGAGGAGUUUAUAGAUCUGGGGGUUCAUCCUAAAGGCAGACCGCUCAAGGUACCUGAGGGCUGUAACCAGGGCCUAAUAGACUGUGAUGGGGGACCUGAGGGUCCCAGAGUGGCCUUUGAAGACAAGUCCCUCCAUCCACCUCAGCCCGUUGAAGCCCUGUCUGAGAUGUGAGUUGACAUCUUUGCCCAGGGCCAGUUGUUAAUUGCAUUCCAUGAUGCAUGUCCAGUUGAGCUCCGAAGUCUCUUGUACUCAGCCUCAUCUCAGCAGCAAGAGAAGCUCAGAGUUGCAGAAAAAGGCCUCAGCCUCCGCACAUCCAAGAAAAAGGUGGAACAAAGAAAGAAAGAAAACAGAAAAUAUGGAACGCUUCAGGGAAAGUGUGUUCUGUCAUUGUGCUUAUUACUCAUAUUUUCUGCCUCCCUUCGUGUUGUUUCUGUCUUGUCAGUUUUUUUUUUUUGUUUUGUUUUGUUUUUUUGGUUUUUUUUACAAUGUUUUGUUUGGCUCUUUGUCAUUAAUGUUAUUUUUUAAUGUAGGGCGAUUCUAUUGUAAUUUAUUCUUCAUUCAUUUUAUUACUUUUCACCUCUUUCACCAAUAACUUGGGUUAUUUUCUGUUUGAUUUUGUUAAAUUCACAGAUUUGCCAUUAAUGAAUUCACUGAAAAAAAGGUCAGUGAAUUUAUGGAUAUGAACAAGUUUGCUUUAAAAUAUAGCAAAAUUGUGAAUAAGGUCAGUUGAUAUCAUGCAGUAAUGAAUAAUUAAUGUGAAGUAAAGUAAGUAAAAGGGAUAGAUUUAAAAUCUACACGUGAAUUGUGAGUUGUGCUCAAGAAUGUUACCGGAAUUGGAAUUAAUGCUUUAGCUGAUAGCAAAAGGCUCUACCUUUUUACAGCUUACAAUACAGAAAUGUAUCCAGCCUCUGCACAUAGAACCCUGCCUGUGUUUCCAGCUUCUGUGAAAUCUAAUGUGAUGACCAGGCCAACUGGCUGUUUCUAAUUGUCCUUUCUCUUGCUGUGAAGCAUUCCUUGUAUAAAGUUUGUAGAUAGCAAAUCUUGGUCAAGAUAUUUCAGAAAGAAUUCUUGUAUGACAGGUGAGGGGCUUCUUAAAGCCACAGCUGAAUUUCAAACUCAGCUGAAAGAUUUGCCAAUUCCUUUGGGCUUUAAAGGAUGAAGGAGCUCAAGGCAAAUAAUCUUGUGAGCACUUGUGACUAGUUGAAGUUUCAGUGUUGUGAGUUUCAGGUUUAUAAUCGUUGCCCUAUGUUGUUGACAUUUUCUUUUACAUGUACAUAAGCGUAAAACAUGGUUAGUUACUCAUAUAAAACCUAAUUUAAGUGCAUCCUGAAACUACAGUACAACUUUGGAUGUCAGCAUGAAUCUAUACUACAGCAAAUAAUUACAUGAAAGAAUUACUGUAACAUCGUUUUAACAAUUGUACAUUCAGUUGAGUUUUUUUUCCACUAAAAGUUUUAGGCAAAGGAGAUUCCAUUAUCCAAGCUUGAAAUAAUGGAAGCGUUCUUGAAGGCCCCAAGUUCCCACAAGGUCAGUUUCAUUAGGUCCUAAUGUGUUUGGAAGAGUACUGUUUAAUUUUGGUCUUUGCUGUUCUUCUCCUCUAUCCAUCCAUACGUUGGUCCAGAGCUCACCAGCUACUUAAGUCUUCUUGCAAAAUUGUUUUGAAUUACUCUGCAACUGUGCUACUAGAUUUAUAUAUUUAAAAACAAUUCUACAUAUGUAAGUAUUAUGUACAUAAUCAGUAUUAGGCUGUUAUGCUAUGUUGGGUUGGGGAAUAGAGGGAAAAGGAAGUGUUUGGAUUGUCUUCAUCUGCUAUAUGGAUUCGCCUCAGAACACUCAGAAGUUUCCCCACAAGACAACACACUCUACUUGACACAGCAGCCUCUGAUCCUUCCCUUUGAGCGACACUUUAACGGAAUUUUUUUAACGGAAUGAAUACAAAACGUAUGUUGCUAGAGGGCAUAUGCAAGUUGUGUUUGGUUAAAGAUGCUUUGUUGCUGCUGUAAGGUUGAUAUGAACAGGAUAGGCCUCUUGUAAUUAGAUAAAAUGAAGCAUAUAGGCCUUGUUUGCAGAUACUGGUGGUGACUUUAAUUGGGAUGUGCAUGGAGAGUUUGCUCAGGGCUAGCUUUGUAGAUAGGAAAUUUGCAGUUUUGAACAGUUCUGUCUGUUUUAUAGCACCAUUGGCUGUAAUCUAGACAUUUCAAGCAAAACCCUCGUCUAUCCAGUACAGAUGGUUAAACAUCAAGUUCUUGGUUGUGUAUGUAUUGAGUUUUUAAUCUUAUAAUAGACCGUUCAGAAAGAAGGCCACUAAGCACAGGCCAAUUAGUAUCUUUUCUUAGAUAACAUCUCCAUUAGUAAGGGACCACAUACUCCAAAGCUUAAAGCAUGAAAAUCCAUCCUAUUUGUUUCAAAUUGUUGUUUGUUAAGGACAGGAGACACUAGCACUGUAAAGCUUCAGGUUGUGACCGAGAAGUUUAGCGGUACAGCUGACACGCAGGCUAGAAAAAGACUAACCUAUACUAUGAGAGGAGUGCUUGCACUUAGUGUGUAAAAGAGGUUGUAAAUCCUUCAUUCUCUUUUUUUUGGGCUUUUCAGCAAACCGUUCUUAACAGCUCAUUGCUUGCUUUAAAAAAAUAAAUAAAAAAAUGUAGACUCCCCAAAGUGCUUUGAGUCACACUGUGGCUGCUACAGACCCGCUCAAUCAGCUGUUUGUCAGAGUGGUUGGUUGUGUGCACAGACAGGGUCACGUGCUGUUGCUGCUUCCCUUUACACCCUUUGCGUUUUGGGCUUCAGAACUGUUCUCUAGCUUGUAGUACUCACAGUGCUGGUAGAAUAGAACGGUGCCUUAGAUUCAGAGUAGGCUAUAUAUUUAUUUUCAUAUAUUAAUAACUAAACAUUUUACACAUGCUUACUUUGGCCAUGACAAUCAUUUUACUUGACCAAGGCCCUGAACAGGAUCUAAUGAUGAUGUUUUUUUUGUUGUUUUUUUUUUUUGUUUGUUGGUUUUUAUUUUUAUUUCUGGGUUGUUGUUUUUUUUGUUUGUUUUUGUUUUCUUUCUCUUUUUUUUUUUUUUGACAUCUUGAAUUAGCCCUGACUACAAAUUAUAUUUGUACAUGCAUCCAAAGUGUACUGGAAAAAAGAUACGUACUGUUAAAAUAAAGGUUGUUUUUUUUUUUUGCAAGAGAAAAGAAAUAAAUGCCGUUUGGCGCAGUCGUGAUAA